AUGGAUCGAGAACAAGAUUAUGUUGCCACAGAAGAUAUCAUCAGCAAAUCAGAGGAAAACCUCGAAACGACCAACGGAGAGGAUGAAGACGACGUAUUCCCAGAUGACGAGAGCCUCAUAGAGCUGUCUUUACCAAGUGGCCAGUACGUAGGUCACCAGUAUACUAGUAACAAGAAAAAUAUAUAUAUCCACAGCAAAGUCCAAGAUUUCAGACUCUUUGAUCUAUUCACAAAGUUCAACGAUUUCAUGGAAGAAGAUAAUCUCAUUGAAAUCGACAUAACCAUCGGAUCCAUCAAGUAUUCAAGGUUUGAGAUCAAAGCUUGA